GGACUGUGGACGGUUAGAUCUCCCUUCGAAUCCAAUCGACGGUGAGAAUUGUUCGGCUAAACUCGGCACAUUUCGCGCUUUCGCAAACAAAUAUUCGAACUCAAACUUCCUUCCAUGCGCGUUCUGUUACAGAAGCAAGGAUCCUCUGAAAAAGGGCUUUUCCUACAAUCUGAAAACCUAGGGUUCUAUUUUGUUUAAGCGCGAAAUGUUUACCCGAAACCGGCGUUUGCCGUCGUCUUCUGAGAAUAAGUCCUCCGUUUCAGAAACUUCAGGCAAGGUCACUGCCGUGAAGAACCCCUCGACGAAGAAGCGUUCCGCUCUCACCGACGUAACUAAUAACCGAAAUGUCUCUCUCUCCAAACCUAUGGUUCCAUGCGUGUCCAGAGCUGCCAAGACGAAGAAGGAUUUUAUUGCCGGUUCGCAGAAAAUGGUUAUAUCCGGGGACACUUUGCAACCGUCAUUGAGUGAAAAAUCAAGUGGGUUGGUACUUUCUAAAGAAGGACGUUCGAACAGCAGUAGUCGACCCAAGGAUGGGGUUGAAAUCUUCCUUGCUCCAAGCACUGAUGGUGCUGUUUGUCCUGAUUUUAAUGGCGUGAUCCGUCCUCCGAAAUUGAUGGACAUUUCUCCAAGUAAAUCCUUUAGUGGUUCAGUUUCACUAAGUGAGAGCAUGUCAACCAGUGAUUCUAUGAAGAGUCCGGAAUUUGAAUAUAUUAACAGCGAUAACGUCGUAUCCACCAAAUCAAUUGAGAAUAGGACAAUUGACAUUCUCAAUAUUUCAGACUCUUCAAAAAUAGCAGGGAGAAUUUGCGGGUGUGAUCCCACUGAGAAGAUAGAAGAAGCAAAUGAAGUUGUGGAUAUUGACUACAACAUCAAGGACCCACAAUUCUGUGCAUCCAUUGUCCGGGAAAUCUUUGAAUAUUUGCGUGUAUCUGAGGAAAUCAAAAGGCCGUCUAUGGACUUCAUGGAGAACAUACAGAAAGACCUCAAUGCUAGCAUGCGGGCAAUACUUAUUGAUUGGCUUGUGGAGGUUGCCGAAGAGUACAGUCUUCUACCUGAUACGCUAUUUUUGACAGUUAACUACAUUGAUCGCUAUCUUUCUGGCAAUGCAAUGAAUAGGCAGCGAUUGCAAUUACUUGGUGUUGCCUGUAUGAUGAUUGCUGCAAAAUACGAGGAGAUCUGUGCCCCUAAGGUGGAAGACUUCUGUUAUGUAACUGAUAAUACAUAUUCUAAGGAGCAGGUGUUGCAGAUGGAAUCUGCUGUGCUGAAGUUCUUGAAGUUUGAAAUGACAGCUCCCACUGUUAGAUGUUUUUUGAGACGCUUCAUCAUUGUUGCCCAACGAACCUGCGAGGUUCCAGUGAUGCAGUUGGAGUAUUUGGCAGAUUAUCUUGCAGAGCUAUCGCUUCUAGAGUAUGGCAUGCUUAAGUACAACCCAUCAUUAAUAGCUGCAUCAGCCACUUUCCUGGCUAAAUACAUGCUACUUCCUAGGAAGAAACCUUGGAAUUCUGCGCUAAGGCAUUACACAGGUUACCAAGCAUCAGAAUUGCAUGAAUGUGUCAAAGGAUUGCAUUGGUUGUGUUGUGAUGGCUGUCAUAAUUUACCUGCCAUCAGGGAGAAAUACAGUCAGCAUAAGUUCAAGUUUGUGGCAAAGAAAUAUUGUAAUCCAUCAAUACCUCUAGAGGUAUUCCGCUGCUAAGCCUGGAUACUAAAUACGAUGUGCCAUGCGCUGUCCGCUUUGGAACUUCUAUAUCAUUGCAGUCAACGGGUGCGGUGCUCUUGCUAUAUGGAAAUUUUCGUAAACUAAUUCUGUGUCAAUUCUUGGAUGUUCAAGUUACUAUGCUAAUUAUAGGAUAUUCAAGUUACUGUGCCGUGUCUAUCUAAACACAUAUCCUCCAUAGUCGUUGCUUACUUUCUCUCUGCAGUGUACAGUUUCCCCUUCUUUUAGACUUUGUUACAUAAAAUGGUAUAUAAGUUGAAAUUGCAUGCGUAUUGUAAUAUAUUGUUUGGGGUUUAAUCAGCCAUGAAAAUAAGUACAGGAGUUUCCCCUUAUCCUAAUUAUUAUUAUUUUGGAAAAUGGCGUCUCAUAUUUCAAUAAAGUGUCAGCCUGACAAUUUUU